AUGACGCAGCGAAACCAACUUGCGCCCUUCAGCGCGGCUGAGUAUCAAGACAAGGCACCCGAUGGCUACCCUGUCAGCUGCCCGACUCUAGAUCUCACAGCAACCUGGGACCCAGUAGACAAGAAUAUACUUGUGUAUAGACCUCCUGGUCAAGUCGUUUCCAAAAUUCACCAAGUUGGUGCGCCUGGCCAAAAAGCACCAGACGCGCAGGCAGUUACUUGGAGGUCUGAUGGCCAAUUCCUUGCAGUCGGGUGGAGUGACGGCUUUGUGCGAUUAAUGGGGCUCGAGAACAACAAGGCAGCUCAUCAUAUCAAAGUUGGCGAAUCUCCAGGGAGCAAGAUCACGCACAUUGGAUGGGCGAGUAGCAGUAUUGCUGGGAAGAGCUCCAGCGCCGUAUCUCAAGCUCUGAAGGAUGGCCUCGGUGAAGAUUCAAUGCGCAAUGGAGAUGGGCUUCCGCUGGAUCUUCCUCGUGAACUGACUUUCCUCGAGGUUGACACAGCAUUACCCAAGAUCAGCCCUCUUCCCAGCAGUAGUGCCGGCUCAGGAGAAGAUGCUUUGGUUUUCACGCUGAGAACUGGUAUAGACUUCCUCUUCCAGCCCCCAAAGCCAGAGGAGUAUGACCAAGUCAGCGUUAUGAUCAUCGGGACCAGCGAUGGUCAACUCCAGCUGAGCAUAUACGAUUCGUUCAUCAUUGGCAGCUUUCAAUGCCCUCAGAUCAACCCAUCAAGCUCGCAGCUAAUUCUUCAUGCAUCACACCCAGAUAUAUCAACCCAGGCUUUACUGGUUGCAGACAAAACAGAAGAGCCAGAAGAAGUGCACCUGGUGCCUAUCGACCUUCCCUUCAUCUCAUCCCACCCUAUCAACCUUUCUCUGCUCGCCUCCAAGCUAACCACUCUUCAAAAGCUAUUGAGAUAUCUGAAGCAAGCACAACUUCAUAUGCAGGUCGAAUGGCGAAACACGCGCGAGCUUCCCACAAGAUUUCUGCGAAGUAUUGAAGGCGAUCUCGAAAAUCUCGAGACUGGGCCACGAAGUAUUGUCCCUGCUCUAUACCAUUUGGCCGUGACAGGUCACGCCUUCGAGCCUGUACGCGAGUGGUUGGUAGAAAGUCUGGCAGAACGAGGCCAUAAACGAUGGGAUAAAGCAGUAGUCUCCGGCUUGGAGGGCCUCAGAAAUUUAGUCCACGAGAACUUCCUCCCAGCUCUUGAUCGCUGUGCAAUCAUCCUAAGCAGGCUGCGAGGCUUGGCUCAAUUUCAUGACACCCGAGAUGACAUCGGAUUCACUCUCCAGCAAACUAGUCGCUUGAUGGACAUUGUCCAAUGUCUCCAACUCAUCGGUCACAAGGUUCUGAUCAACGUGAUGGACGAACUUGAUAGCUUCACCGCGUUCUCAGCAUGGCUUCGCUUCCAGAUCGACUGGCUUGCCUCUUCUAGCUCCGCGAGCGAGGAACUCACGGAAAAGGAGGCAACCAUGGACAUUGCGAAGGUUCUGAGUUACAUUGAGAAUUAUCUCAUCGAUAGCCCGCUUAGGCUAUUCUUUGACGAAAUGACCAGAGAAGACUAUGAAGCAGACUGGGCACAUAUAGAAGGUGGCCCAACUCUGCUUCAUGUCCUUGAUCAGGCGUUAGGAAAGUGGGAGAACGGCCAGCCCAGCAUGAAAGCUCUUCCCCGUGUCGAAUUUCUUGUAUCAUAUGCCACGGCCUGGGCGAAUCGCACAUUCAAGGGCAUUGCAGAGGCAAAGAAGCGUAGCGUUCGACUUGGAAACCCAAUUAGACUCUCAGCUGGUCGUGUGGUGUCACAUAGAGAUAUGAGGAUGAGCAAAUCAAAGAACAAGGUGCUUGAAAUUCUUUGUGUGACUCAUCUAUGUACUGACUUCGAAUCAGGAAACAAAUGUGGUUACUGCCUUGGCAUCUAA